AUGGCUACCAACAUUACAUGGCACCCCUCACUCUCGCGCUCUGAGCGUAAUCAGCUGCGCGGUCAGCGUGGUUUCACCCUCUGGCUCACAGGACUCUCCGCCUCUGGCAAGUCCACCGUAGCAACCGCUCUGGAACAGCACCUUUUGCACCUGGGAGUUGCAGCCUACCGUUUGGACGGCGACAAUGUACGCUUCGGCCUCAACAAAGAUCUUGGUUUCUCCGAGAAAGACCGCAAUGAGAACAUCCGUCGCAUUGCUGAGGUUGCCAAGCUGUUUGCCGAUUCUUCGACUGUUGCCAUUACCUCCUUCAUUUCGCCCUACCGUGCAGACCGCCAAGUAGCUCGCGAGCUGCACAGCCAGACCGGUCAGAGCAGCGACGAGGCCAUUCCAUUCAUCGAGGUCUUUGUCGAUGUGCCUCUCGAGGUCGCUGAGCAGCGUGACCCCAAAGGUCUGUAUAAGAAGGCUCGAGCGGGAGAGAUCAAGGAUUUCACCGGCAUUUCGGCCCCUUACGAAGCACCCGAGAAGCCCGAAAUUGUUAUCAGGACCGACGAGUCGAGCGUUGAGGAAUGUGUGGCACAAAUUGCCGAGUGGCUGAUCAAGGAGGGUCUCAUUACUGCGAGUAAAACAGCCUGA